GAGCCCAUUUUCGGGGGGCCUUUAACCAACGAGUCCGAACAUGCGUGGACCAAGCUGAUCCCAAUGGGUAAAGGCUUCGUGCACAUCAACAACGAAUCCGAGCUGGACCCCGUGCCAGGACUCGAUACAUCGCUUCCCCAUCAGCGCGCCAUGGUGGCGGUCUUCCAUCAAUUGCACUGUCUUUACAUCACGCGGCAGUCGUAUUUCGCUGCGCGCGCGGGAAACCUCGAUGAUCUUCGGCCGGAACAUCUGUCGCACUGCUGGGAUUACCUGCGCCAGACCAUCAUGUGCGCGGGCGAUACGACCCUCGAAUGGCUAGGGCCGCCGCCUCGUGAUGUCGGAAGUACAGGCUGGGGUUAUCAGCACCAAUGUAAAGACUAUGCUGCAAUAUAUGGCUGGGCGGAGAAGAAUCGCCUGACGGACACCAAGAAGAUUCAU